AUGGACCUCAGACUCAUGGACCUCAGACUCAUGGACCUCAGACUCAUGGACCUCAGACUCAUGGACCUCAGACCCAUGGACCUCAGACUCAUGGACCUCAGACCCAUGGACCUCAGACUCAUGGACCUCAGACUCAUGAACCUCAGACUCAUGGACCUCAGACUCAUGGACCUCAGACUCAUGAACCUCAGACUCAUGGACCUCAGACUCAUGGACCUCAGACUCAUGGACCUCAGACUCAUGGACCUCAGACUCAUGGACCUCAGACUCAUGAACCUCAGACUCAUGGACCUCAGACUCAUGGACCUCAGACUCAUGGACCCCAGACUCAUGGACCUCAGACUCAUGGACCUCAGACUCAUGGACCUCAGACUCAUGGACCUCAGACUCAUGGACCUCAGACUCAUGGACCUCAGACCCAUGGACCUCAGACUCAUGGACCUCAGACUCAUGAACCUCAGACUCAUGGACCUCAGACUCAUGGACCUCAGACUCAUGGACCUCAGACUCAUGGACCUCAGACCCAUGGACCUCAGACUCAUGGAUCUCAGACUCAUGGACCUCAGACUCAUGGACCUCAGACUCAUGGACCUCAGACUCAUGGACCUCAGACUCAUGGACCUCAGACCCAUGGACCUCAGACCCAUGGACCUCAGACUCAUGGACCUCAGACUCAUGGACCCCAGACUCAUGGACCUCAGACUCAUGAACCUCAGACUCAUGGACCUCAGACUCAUGGACCUCAGACCCAUGGACCUCAGACUCAUGGACUUCAGACUCAUGAACCUCAGACUCAUGGACCUCAGACUCAUGGACCUCAGACUCAUGGACCCCAGACUCAUGGACCUCAAACUCAUGGACCUCAGACCCAUGGACCCCAGACUCAUGGACCUGAGACGCAUGGACCUCAGACUCAUGGACCUCAGACUCAUGGACCUCAGACUCACAGAACGUCCACACAGUAUUGCAGCCAUUUUGUGA